AUGUUCUUAGGAAAAAGCCAUUUCAUAGCAAAUGGGACAACGGUACACAGGUGGAUCACAAUCGGAACUAUAUUUCGAGGGGUUCUACUUACAAUUACCCCCAAUGGAAUCAUAUGGACAGAGAGAGGCCAAGCCAUUUUGAAAGAGGAGGUAGAUCAAUUAAUUUGCAAAGGGGUAGACCAACUUAUUUUGCAAGAGGCCGAACAAGUCAUUAUGAUCAUGGUGGAUCUAGCCAUUAUGGUUCUGACAAGCCAAAUCAGUAUGAUCAUGGUAGAUCUAGCCAUUAUGGUUCAGAUAAGCCAAAUCAGUAUGAUCAUGGUAGAUCUAGCCAUUAUGGUUCAGACAAGCCAAAUCAGUAUGAUCAUGGUAGAUCUAGCCAUUAUGGUUCAGACAAGCCAAAUCAGUAUGAUCAUGGUAGAUCUAGCCAUUAUGGUUCAGACAAGCCAAAUCAGUAUGAUCAUGGUAGAUCUGGCCAUUAUGGUUCAGACAAGCCAAAUCAGUAUGAUCAUAUCAGAUCCUACAAUCAUGAUUCUGACAAACCAAAUGAGCAUUAUCAAGGGAGACCUAACCAUUAUGACCUUAACCAGUCUAAUCAAUAUUACCCUGAGAGGCCAAAUAAAACUGAUAAGGGGUAUUUCAACAAUUACACUAGUGGAAAGCCAAAAGAAUCGAACGAAAACAGUUUAUACAACCAAGAGAGAAAACAAAAGAGCAAUAUAUUUGACGAUGAAUGUUAUAUUAUUAAAUGCAAAAGUUAUGGUAACGAAGCAAUACAACACCAUCUGUGAUGACAUUUUAUACAAAAAUGUUUUUGAGAAAGGAUACAAUCAAAUGACAAUUGUUCAGAAAUAUUCAAUUCCAAUAAUAAAAAACAAAAUGAAUUUGAUUGCUUCAUCACAAACAGGAAGUGGCAAAACAUUUUCAUUUUUAUGUCCAGUAAUUUCAAACUUGAAGAAAGAUAAUGAUACAUUGAGACCACAUUUUCCAGGAGCUUAUGCUUGUAUUUCUCCCUUAGGAUUAGUCCUCUGUCCUACACGAGAAUUAGUGAUUCAAAUUCAAAACGAAAUUAAUAGCUUGACGAAAAACAUGGAUCUCGUUUGUAUGGCAUUCUAUGGUGGAGAAACGAUGAAGGAUCAGAUUGUCCGAAUAAACGAACGGCAAGCAGACAUAAUCGUGUCAACCCCAGGAAGGUUACUGGAUUUAAUGAACAGUUGCAAAGUAAGUCUUUCCUUUAUUAAAUGUUUAAUUUUUGAUGAGGCUGAUGAAAUGAUAUCACUUGGUUUGAAAGAACAGAUGGACGAAAUUAUUUUUCAAAAGGAUCUUUGUCCAAAUGAUGCAAGGCAAACUAUAUUAUUUACAGCAACCUUGUCCGAUAGUUUACGAGAAGAACUUGAAAAGUUUGUGGACACACCUUAUGUGUUUUUGAAUAUAAUGCAGAAGAAGGAGGUGCAAAAUUCUAUUAAGCAGAUUGUCAAAUAUAUCCCAGAGAAGUCGAAACUGAAUGAAUUGCUCCGAGAUGUGAAAACUUUACAAGGGCAGGCCAUCAUAUUUGUCGAAUUGAGAACAUCAAUUAAUAACAUUUUUAUCGCUUUGAAGUCCAAGGGGUAUGACGUGAAUUAUUUGCAUGGGAAAAUGAAUCAGGCACGAAGACAAGCAGUGUUCGAACAGUUCCGAAAUAAGGAGUUUCAAAUCUUAAUAGCUACAUCUAUAGCGGCAAGAGGACUAGAUUUCCCAGAUCUUGAAUUAGUAAUCAAUUAUGAUCUCCCCGCAGAAUUUGAUCAAUACAUGCACAGAAUAGGAAGGACAGGUAGAAUAGGGAAAAUGGGAUUAGCUAUUAAUUAUUUUAACAGUUCAAAUAAAAAAAUUAUUGACAAACUAAUUGAUCAUUUGAAAAAGUAUAAUCAGAUCAUACCACAAUGGUUACUUAAAUUUACCUAA